AACAUCCCCAGCGGCAGGGAAGGAGCAAGCAGGAGAGAAGUAGAGCUCUCGAGGCCGACGCGACCCGUCCCGACCUCGCAGCAGCGGAAGGCCGCCACUGCGGCUGGCGCCGUGAGAGGAACCUCCGGCCAGGUCCCCAGCGGCUCCUUUCCUUCUCUGUCGGCCCGCCGCAGCCAACCAUGUCGGCCCAGGCGCAGAUGCGGGCUCUGCUGGAUCAGCUCAUGGGCACGGCCCGGGACGGUUCAGUGUAUCUUUGCCUGCCUACAUCAAUCUGCAAGGGAGUUGCAGAAAAGCCUCAUGUUCAUCGAGCCGUGAGUCACAACCAAUUUUUAAAGCUGUUAUAACAAAAAAGUGUUUGCUUUUUUCACAAGUAACUUUAAAAGCGUAGUUUAGAAAGAAAACAUUUUCAAUAAAAAAGACACUACAUUAAUCCUGGAUGCUUGCAAAUCCUAAAAUAUAGUCCUACUUUAGUAUUACACAGAUCUGUGUCAUAUACACAGAUUAGCUUUAAAAUUGUCACAUUCCAUUGCCACUUUGCCUUUACUUUUAUGUAUCAUUCCCCUGACUUCCUUACUGCAGGUGUGGGCAAGAAAACUUUUCCUUUAAAACUUUUCAACAGCGGGCAUAAAAUUCUGCAGCUGAGGUCUUGAAGAAUGCAGAUGGGUACAGUAUGUGUUGGAGCUCGCAGUGUGUAUUGACUAACCUAGUUUCUUUCUGCCUUUCUCAUAUUGUCUUGUUAAAAGUGACUCCCAAAUGCCAAAAUAUUUUUAAGGGUGGGAAAAAGGGAACCAGGGAGAUGCCUAGAUCAUAGGGUUCUACAAUGACAUUUGAAUACUUUUCCUGGACUCUGGACAAAAAAACACUGCCUACUCAGUUGUCCACAUGAAGAAAAUAGAUGAAUAAGUACCUGUUGCUGGUGGAAAUUUGGAGGUGUAAGUGUCAUAGUCUUUGAUUCAUGGCCCACUGAGAAAUGUGGGUUUUGGUAUCUCCAUCCCUAUCUGCUCUCCUUGAGUAGGGUCCAGGUAAACUUUUGAUAAUUGUUAAAGCCUUUUAAUUGUGGCCUUUUGUCUAUUUUGCAUAAUGAGCAGGUCAGACAUCAUUUGGUAAGAUCCCAUACUCUGUCAUGAUGUACUUAAGUCUAUAAAUACAUCAGUAGUCCAGUUUCCAAUUACGUUUCUAGACCCUGUUUUUCAAUGAAUUUGAUGGGGAGUACGCAAAAUUGAUAGUCGGCAAAUCCAGGUGAAUUGUUGCAGCAGAUAUCCAUGCAUGGUUAAUAUGAUAAUACUGUCUUAUUUAAAACCAAACAUGAAUUUCAGGAGACGAAACCAGACAGAGGGUGAAGUUUACAGAUGAUCGUGUCUGCAAGAGCCAUCUCCUGGAUUGCUGUCCUCAUGACAUUCUGGCUGGAACGCGCAUGGACUUAGGAGAAUGUACAAAAAUUCAUGACUUGGCCCUACGAGCAGAUUAUGAAAUAGCGAGUAAAGAGAGAGACCUGUUUUUUGAGCUGGAUGCAAUGGAUCAUCUAGAGUCCUUUAUUGCAGAAUGUGACAGGAGAACUGAACUUGCCAAGAAACGACUUGCUGAAACACAGGAAGAGAUCAGCGCUGAGGUUUCUGCAAAGGCAGAAAAAGUACAUGAAUUGAAUGAAGAAAUUGGCAAACUGCUUGCUAAAGCUGAACAGCUGGGAGCUGAAGGAAAUGUGGAUGAAUCCCAGAAGAUCCUUAUGGAAGUGGAGAAAGUUCGAGCAAAGAAAAAAGAAGCUGAGGAAGAAUAUAGAAAUUCCAUGCCAGCAUCCAGUUUCCAGCAGCAGAAACUUCGAGUCUGUGAGGUGUGUUCUGCAUACCUUGGUCUCCAUGAUAAUGAUCGUCGUCUUGCAGAUCACUUCGGGGGCAAAUUACACUUGGGAUUUAUUCAGAUUCGUGAGAAACUGGAUCAGUUGAGGAAAACAGUGGCAGAAAAACAGGAGAAAAGAAAUCAAGAUCGUUUGAGGAAGAGAGAAGAGCGAGAACGAGAAGAAAGGAUGGGCCGAAGGUCUGGAUCAAGAACUAGAGAUCGAAGAAGGUCACGAUCUCGGGACAGGCGACGAAGGCGGUCAAGGUCAGGCUCUCGUGAGAGGCGAAAGUCCCGGUCACGAUCUCGGGACAGACAUAGGCGCCACCGAAGCCGCUCACGUAGCCAUAGCAGGGGUCAUCGACGAGGUUCCAGAGACAGAAGUUCGAAACACAAGUAACUACUCUGACUCCUUCACGUAGCAGCAACCAGGAAUCUAGAGAUCAAUCUUCAAGAGAGAAGUCCCAGGAUAAAGAGAGGAGGGAAAAGAGCUUUGCUGAAAAAUGGCAUGAGGGUACAAAUGGCAACGCUGGUUCAAAGAGAUCAGAAGAAAGAGAAGCUGGCGAGAUCUGAACUCACACUCUGUGUUGCAUUGUAAAUAGUCUGAUAAACAUUCUACACACAGCCUAAAUUUACCAUUUAUAUUUGCUGAAUACAACUCAUCUUUUGUAGUUUUAAAUUUCUAUUGUUUUGAAGAUAGCUGUGAGUUUAUAGAGAUACAGAGUUACAUACCGUUUACUGGAAUUUUGUUUAGUAAGAUAUAAGAAAACAUGAUCUGAUGGAUUGUCUUCAGUAUAGGCCAGUGACACCCAUGUAACUUGUUGGUUGCCUCACCCCAAUGAAUUCAGCAGUUAGCCCCAUGGUCAGAAAUGUAAUCAUUUCCCCUUCCUCCUCCCCCCCUCCAUGUACAUCCUUUAGAGAACAUUCACCUUGACCUUUCAGAGACUUGAAUUAUAUAAGAUUAGUUGAUAAAACAUUACUACCACUGGUGCUGAAUUUGCUAUUUUCUGUUAGAUUUAUACACAGAAGAAUCAAGACUUUAAAAUAUUUGGCCACUUCAUUUUGAGUUUCUGUUAUUGGUGCUUCAAGUCCGGAAUAUUAUUGUUUGUAUUCCCCAUUUGUACAUCUUUGCUUCAGAAAGAUAAGCAGAGCACCUUGUGUACCUUAAGGGUGGGGUGCACUAAAUCACUUGAAAUUAUCUGAUUUUAAAAGCCAGAGUCAGAUUGACUAUAAAUUUGGUUCUUUUGUUCAUGUUCUCUAUUUUGUGGAUCCCUCCUAGUUAAAACAUAAAUUCAUAAAGCACCUAUAAAGAUUCUACAUAUGCUGAGUUGAUUUUUGUAUGGUACAGGUUGACCCCUUUAAAAAACAUCAUAUAACUUUAGCACAGAUCUCAUAGAAUUGUGUCUUUACCUGAAUUCUACAGUGUGGUCUCUUUGUUUACCACUUAUAUUUGAGACAAAGAUAAAUCAAUAUGUAAUCAAAAUUAUAUAUCCAGAAAUUCUCAUCAAUAGGGGCACUGUUAAAAAGUUGGUGCUGUGAACACCUUGGCUUCUAGGGUUACCACGGUUCUUUUUUUGUUUUAUUCUUUGAAAUACUAUGUGAUUUCACGUAACUAAUCUCUUCAUCUGAAUUGAUUUCUUCUGUUUCUUGAGGCAGCCAAGUAGCUUUGACUGCAAUCUCUUAAACUUUGUCCCACAGGCUAAUUUGUUUUAAUUUCAUAAACCAGUUAUUUACAUUAGUACCAAAUGAAUAUUUUCAAAUUGGUGAACAUGUUAUUUGUAGAUACUGCACAAAUUUCCAUUUUUGAGUUUUAAGUGGGAAGGAGAAUUUUGAGGAGCUGAGCUUCUAAUAAACUUUUUUCUUUUUAAAAUAGGCCCUCCCACCUUAAGUUUCUGUGGAUAUACAGGGGCCAUUCUGGGUCUGUUUGGUCUUAUUGAUUGAUGCAUGUUUAGCUAUUGCAGGAAUCUAGUUCUGUUUUUUCCAACAGCUAUUAUAUUUUAAUUAUGGGUUAUUUGUAGUCUCUACUUUGUUCAGGGUUCUCCUUUUCCAUAUGCUUCCUGUCCCCCAUGGCCCUUCCCUCCUUCUUCUAACCCCCAAUGAGAGGACAGGCCUAUGGCCAUGGUGUGUUUCUCUUUCUUGAACAAAAUGGACCUAAUGUCCCAAAGCUUCUGAUAACUGAUUCCACAUUAAAAAGACGGUGGUAGAAUGGAACCCACAUUACAUCGAUUUGUUGUCGUGCAACAAUUUGCAAAUAUCAUGACAACUGGGAUUUGUUUCUUUUGUGGCACCUUUGCUUAUGAGGAGUUUUGGUCUAAGUAUACAAAUGUAAGUAAAAUCCACUGUUCUCUUACCAGUCUAACUCACAUUAAAGGUUUAUGUUUAUGUUGCUUGGAGUAGAA